GAAAAAAUCAGUGAAGGAGCUUUUGUGCUCCAUUAACAUUUACCAAUGUUUCACCUGUCCCUUGUCCCACGUCACAUUUACAUAUGCAUCGAGUCACAGUUCCUCAGACUGCCUGAUCCUCACCACACGGAGAGUCGGAUAUAUGCCAUGAACAGCAGAAUUAAGAGGGAAAGCCGCAGCACUCUUAUGAUGUAAAUCACCAGUCACAAUGAAGACAUCAUCAUGCAGUUUUAGAGACAUAUGCCUGGGUAACAGAGUGAAAAAUGUGAGACAACAAGAUUCCCUGGAUGAUUGCCAUGCCCUGCAGGGCAAGAUGAAGAAAAGCAAGGCGCCCUCCUCCAGGAGAGCCGAGAUCCAGCAUCUGUACCAGUGCUAUGCUGCAGACCAAACCACUUUGCCUGCCGGUGCCCUCCUCAGGUUCCUGCACAAGGAGCAGAUGGAGCAUGCAGCAAAUGAAGAGGCGGCAGGGAAUCUGAUUGACAGAUAUGAAAUUGAAGAGACAGCCAUUGAAAGCAGGUCCAUGACCUUCGAGGGAUUCCUCAGGUACAUGGAGUCCAAAGACUGCUGUGUGUUCGACCAGACCCACACGUCAGUGUACCAAGACAUGGAUGAGCCCCUCUCCAGCUACUUCAUCUCCUCAUCACACAACACCUACCUGACUGGAGACCAGCUUGUAGGAAAAAGCCACCUGGAUGCCUAUGUUUGUGCUCUGAGGAAAGGCUGUCGCUGUCUGGAGAUUGACUGCUGGGAUGGGCCAGACAUGGAGCCCGUAGUCUACCAUGGCUACACCCUGACCACAAAGAUACUCUUCAAGGACGUCAUCAAAACUGUGGAGCAACAUGCCUUUGAGGUGUCUGCCUUCCCGGUGAUCCUGUCGUUGGAGAACCACUGCUCCCAGGAGCAGCAGGAGGUCAUGGCCCAGUACCUCAUCUCCAUCCUGGGGGAGAAGCUGCUGAGCGAGCCCGUGGAUCCUCCAACCACUGGAGACCUCCCAAGCCCAAAUGACCUGCAGUAUAAGAUCCUCGUCAAGAAUAAAAAGCUAAAGCCUCAGAUUAAAGCAGAAGAAGCAUCAGGGACAGAGGCAGAGGAGAGUGUAGCUGAAGGCGACGACGACGAUGAUGAUGAUGAUGAUGAUGAUGACGAUGACGAUGAGGAGGACGAGGAGGACGAGGAUCUUCCAACCACAGCAAAGUUCUGGUCUUCGAGAAAGGCAGGGCCAAAGAAGAAAGAGAAGGUGGUGGUAGCCAAAGCUUUAUCUGACUUGGUCGUGUACACGCGGUCUGUCAAGUUCAUCAGCUUCAGACACUCUAAGGACAAUCAGAACUACAAUGAGAACACGUCUAUGGCAGAGAACAAAGCACGCAGGCUGGCCAAAGCCUCAGGUGCAGACUUUGUUCGGCAUAACAAGGAGUUCCUCAGCAGGAUUUACCCAGCAGGCUCGCGGACGUCUUCAUCCAACUACAACCCUCUGGAGUUUUGGAACGUCGGCUCGCAGCUCGUGGCUCUCAAUUUCCAGUCUCUGGGCUUACCCAUGGACCUUAAUGAUGGCCGUUUCCAGGACAACGGAGGCUGCGGGUACAUCCUGAAGCCAGCGGUGCUCAUGUCCAGUCGGCGGAGCUUUGAUCCGGGCUGCAGCCGGCGCGGGCUCCAAACCACACACCUGCUGCUCAAGGUGAUCAGUGGGUCCAACCUUCCCCUCCCGAGGAGCGGCAAAGCUCUGGACCCCUUCGUCAGAGUGGAGAUCCACGGGAUCCCAUCUGACUCCCGCAGGAAAAGCACACAUACUGUCAAAAAAAAUUCUCUGACUCCUCACUGGGACGCCGACAUGAACUUCAGCAUCGGUGUCCCCGAGUUGUGCCUCCUCCGCUUCUGUGUCCGAGACCAGACCGGCUUCCUCAGCAGCGAGUUCGUGGGCCAGUUCACUCUGCCCUUCACCAGCCUGAAGAAAGGCUACCGCUGGGUGCCUCUCAAGUCCCGAGACGGAUGCAGCCUGGAUCCAGCCUCCCUCUUUGUCUUUGUCUGGUAUUCCUAAAAACAGCUCUCCAUAUCAGACUCUCUCUGUCUCACACACACACACGCACGCACCGCGCACACACACACACACACACACACACACACACACACACACACACACACACACACACACACACACACACACA